GGUGCCGGAUUAACGCGUAAAGGUAAUGAGGGGUCAGAGCUUUCAGGGUUGGAGAGUCCUCUUUGUGAACUUGUUAGAGGAGAGAGAGGGAGAGGAGAGAGAGAGAGGGGGCUGAGCCAUCCUCUCCCGGCAGAGUGCGUCCCGCUCCGCUCUCACACCACUGGGACUCCUUCUACCAUCAGGCAUCUGACUGGAUCAUCUCACCGCUUUCCUCUAUCUGGAUAUCUCAGAUGAACCAUAUACCCGAUUACAUUCAGGCUGCAGCACAUUAAUGUCUCCUCUAUUUUUAUAAAGUAGUUUCCCUUUUCCAACCCAGUGCUUUUGGAUUCUAGAGAACACAUGAGCCUGGUCGCGAAACUCUGAGAAUCAAUCAUGGAAUUAUGGAUAAAGUUGGUUUUGUUUUACAGUUGCUGUUUUGGAGCAAGCGCAGACUUCGACGGCAGGUGGCCUCGACAGAUGGCAUCAUCCAAUGGCCUGUGUCGAUACGGGGCCAGGGUGGACUGCUGCUGGGGAUGGACACGCCGCUCCUGGGGUCACUGCCAGCCUUUCUUCGCCUUAACUCACAGAGUAGUCGGGAUAAGGUGCCGGCCCCAAGCUGUGUGCCAGCCUGGCUGUAAGCAUGGAGAGUGUGUGGGACCCAACAAAUGCAAGUGCCAUCCAGGCUUCACUGGCAAGACCUGCAAUCAAGAAGAGACGCUGGACUAUUUAACCCCCCCGGCGUGGGGCGGCCACCUUCCCAUCUUUCUUCCAGUGGACCAUCAGCCAGUGGGAGUAAUGACGGAGGACCUGAAUGAGUGUGGGUUGAAGCCUAGACCCUGCAAACACAGGUGCAUGAACACAUACGGGAGCUACAAGUGCUACUGCCUAAAUGGUUACAUGCUGAUGCCCGAUGGGACCUGUGGAAACACUCGCAGUUGCGCCAUGGCCAACUGUCAGUACGGCUGUGAGGUGCUGAAAGGAGAGGUCCGAUGUCAGUGUCCGUCGCCAGGCUUGCAGCUGGCUCCAGAUGGAAGAACAUGUGUGGAUGUGGACGAAUGUGCAGCAGGGAUAGCCGUGUGCCCUAGGUUCAGGAAGUGCAUCAACACCUUUGGAAGCUACAUCUGCAAGUGCCAUGAAGGGUUUGACCUGCAAUAUGUCAGUGGGAAAUACCAGUGCAUAGAUGUGGAUGAGUGCUCUUUAGGUCUGAGCUACUGCAGCAGCUUUGCCACCUGCUACAACACGCCAGGCUCAUACAAGUGCAAAUGUAUGGAUGGCUACAGGGGGAUGGGGCAUGAGUGUAAACCUAUUCCAAAGGUGAUUAUUGACCCCCCAAGACCAGGCAAACUGCCUCCCAAUCAUCACAACCACAUCCCUGACUCGGAUGACAGAAGGAUUAGCACAGUCCGUCCAGCAGUGACUUCAAAGAAAACCUUCACCACUCUUCCAAAAUCACCGGCCACAACUACGGCCAAAGCCCUACCAUCCCCUAGGAGGGUCACCCCACCUCCAAAUAAACCAGCAGUUCCCACUCAAAAGCCCUUCAUCCCCACAAGAAGGCCGUCAAUAGCUACACGUAAACCCUACAUCCCACCAAGGCCAGUGUAUCCCACAAGAAAACCCUCAUUACCAACCCCACCGCCUGUUACACCAGUGGACAACACCAUCCAGAGGGAGGUCACUAAACAAAGAGGCGAUGUGCACAUCCCCAGGAAUAACGGCCAGAACACUGUUCUCGAUACAGACUUUGAUAUUGAGCUUGGCAACACGGCAGAUGAAGCCAGCGAUGAUCCAGGCUCUGGGUAUUUGAGCUGCUCCUUUGAUGAUGGUCUUUGUGGUUGGAUCAGGGACAAAGAUGGAGACCUGCACUGGGAAACGACACCUGAUCCAACAGGUGGACGGUAUCUUACUAUCCCAGAAACAAGAAACAAGAGGACGGGACGAGGGGCCCGGCUAGUACUGCCUCUCAUCUCUCCUUGGAAUGACGGCAACUUGUGCCUUUCAUUUCGCCACAAGCUGGCAGGCCACCAUGUGGGAAUGCUUCAGGUGUUCGUGAAAAAGGGAAAGCAGUUCAGUCCUGCAGUAUGGAGCCGAACUGGUGGCAACGGCUGGAGGCACACUCAGAUCACUUUAUGGGGUACAGGCCUGGAAAGUGUUAUCUUGAAGGGGGAGCGUGGCAGAGGCCGAAGUGGAGAGAUGGCUGUGGAUGAUAUCACCUUGAGGAAAGGCUCCUGCACAGAUGAGCACAAUCUGAGGAGACUCUGACUGAAAGAACAAUGAAGGCCAGACAAAAAGGACAACGAGAGGGGAAAUCAUCAUAAAGAGAACUGACUCCUUAUUCUGCUUUGAUCCCGUCUUUUUCCCAUCUCGUCUCACUUUUGCUUCCUGCUGAGGGGAAUCAAAACUUAUGUAUAUGCAGAAUGUGUUACAGGAUGUUUCUGCAAUUCAUCUAUCCACGAACAAGAAGGAGUCAGCCCAAUCUCACGGGGGUAUUUUUGACAUUACUCUUCUAGUCUUCUCACCCUAUAAUUUUGCUU